GGUGUAUCGAGCCUGGUCCGGGUUUAGACAAUCCCAAAACCCGAUCGAUCUGAUCUAUAAAUGAGCGUUUUCUCCGUUUUGGACAAAUGACUCGGGAUGAUUUUCAAGACCUCCUUGAUACGACCUUCUAUAGCUGAUACACCAAUAUCCUUAAGACUAGACUAGCUGUCAACAUAAUGUCUUCGACAGAUCAGCAAGCAGGUCCCUCAAAAGCGCACGGACAUGCGCACCUGCAGCCCAUCUUUACUCCCAGGCGUACUCUCUCAGUAAUAGUCAUCGGAGCUGGCGCCUCUGGCUUGUUGACUGCCUACAAACUACAGAGAAACUUUGAUGACUUUUCCCUUCAGGUGUUCGAAAAGAACCCUGAAAUAUCGGGGACAUGGUAUGAGAACAGAUACCCGGGCUGUGCUUGUGAUGUCCCCUCCCACAACUACACCUGGAGUUUCGAGCCCAAAACCGACUGGAGUGCGAACUAUGCAAGCUCAAAAGAAAUACUCAAGUACUUUAAGGAUUUCAGCACCAAAUACGGCUUGCAGAAGUACAUUCAACUCAGGCAUCAGGUCGUGGGAGCACAAUGGGACCAAACCAAAGCUCUUUGGACUGUUUCAGUCAAGAAUCUGGAAACCGGAGACACUUUCCAGAGCCAAGCACGAGUGCUCAUCAACGCAGGAGGCAUUCUCAACGCUUGGCGAUAUCCCGCAAUCCCCGGCAUCGAAUCAUUUCAAGGCCAACUCAUGCACUCAGCUGCGUGGCCCGAACAGGAGCCAGAUAUGACCGGCAAAACCGUCGGACUCAUCGGCAAUGGGUCGUCCGGUAUCCAGAUCCUGCCGGCAAUCAAGACCAAGGUCGGCAAGGUCACCAACUUUGUCCGCCAGCCGACCUGGAUAUCCCAAACCUUUAGUGGCGACUUCCGAGAGUACACCGAUGAAGAAAGGAAGAAGUUUGCCGAGGACAAGGAGCAUCACCUAGCCAUGCGCAAAGAAGACGAGAGGAAAAUGAGUGCCGCGUUUGCCAUGUUCCAUUCCGGAUCCCAGGAGCAGAUUACCUUGAGGGCAUACGUCGAGGACUUGAUGCGCAAAAAACUGGGAAACCCUGAGCUGGAAAAGCUCAUCAUCCCGGAGUGGUCUCUUGGCUGCCGGAGACUUACGCCAGGAACCAACUACCUCGAAUCUCUUUCCGACGACAACGUGGAAGUGGUGUUUGGUAAUAUUGCAAAGAUCACGCCUGCGGGGGUGGUCGUCGAAAAUGGCAAGGAAUACCCGUUGGACAUUCUCAUCUGCGCCACUGGUUUCGAUACAAGUUUCAAGCCCCGAUUUCCCGUGGAAGGGGCCGGGGGUGCCAAGUUGGAGGAUAUGUGGAAAGACGAGCCGCAAGCCUAUUUUGGUAUAGCUGUGGACAAACUCCCAAAUUACUUCAUGACCCUGGGCCCGAAUUGCCCCAUAGGCAAUGGACCAAUCCUUGCCAGUAUUGAAGCAGAAGUCGAUUACAUGAUCAAAAUGAUGUCCAAAAUGCAAAAGGAAAACCUCAAGUCCUUUGAGGUCAACAGCGAUGCAGUGCGCGACUUUAACCAGUGGAAGGACGAAUGGAUGAAAGAAUCUAUUUGGGUUGAACCUUGUCGAUCCUGGUACACGGCAGGAUCACCGUCGGGCAAAGUGCUAGCUUUGUGGCCCGGCUCGGCAUUGCAUUACCUAGAGGCCAUACGCGACCCGCGCUGGGAGGAUUGGACUUUCAAGACAGAGGAUGGAGCAAACCGGUUUUCUUACCUGGGCAAUGGUCACAGCUUUGUCGAGGCAAACCAGGGGGAUUUGAGCUACUACAUCCGAGACCAUGACGACUCUCCGAUUGAUCCGGUGCUGAAGAAGCCUACAAAAGAGUAGCGGAUGUUUUGCGGCGAGUGGGAUUGAAGAAGCGGCGAUAAACUAUGAAAACAAGACAAGCGAGGCACGACCAAGGACCUCCGGAAUCACCGGAAGAUUGAGUGGAGCAUAGCCUGCCACGUUUUACGCUUGCUAGCCGGGCUAGCCUGGGACUGGAUUUUUUUUGCUUGGUGAAGACAACCUCAACCAGGUUGGUAGGAACAAAGUAAACAGAGCUAAUUGAUGGAUAGUAGAGCCAAUCCCCCUCGAACAAAUGCUUGUCCAAUCUAAACAAUAACUGUCAAUCUGAAUAAAAAAAAUCUAUCU